AUGGGACAAACUGCAAGUACUGAUGUGUUUACAUCUCGAUCUGCUGGAGUACUUAAUAUCAUUCCAGAAAAUGUUUGGAAACAACCUGUCCGAUUACAAAACACACAAGUAGAUACCAAUCCAGUGGAAUUUUCAUUUGUUGUGGAUGAGAAUGGAAGAAUUCGAGAUUCAACCUCACCAGUUGAUAAACCGAAAAGAAGGAAAAAGAAAACUACCCAUGCUACCCAACCAGAAACCCAAUCAGGCACAACACCAACUUUGGAAAAUCAACAAAAACCAAGAGCAAGUCAACCAAGCGAGCAUGUACCUGAAUCAGAAAUUCAACAACAUCAACAACAAAGAAGUCAAUCUUCCAAAAAGCGAGUUGCAAUCCCAAAAAAGAUUCAACCUCUGCCAUCCACUACGACAGCACCACCUACAAUACAAGAAGAACCUACUGAGGAAGAACCUGAAUCUUUAUAUCACUCAUCAAGUGAAUCAUCAGUUCAAUCAUUGGAACCUUCUAAUAUAGAUAUGGAAAAACACAAAGGACAACAAAUAUUUGGAUUUGGAACCUCUCAACAGAAACUUUCAGAUGAAUCAGAUAAUUCUUCAUCUGAUUUGAAAUCUGCAAGUGAUUUGGAGACAAGCCAAGAUGGAGAGUUGACUGGAACUCCAAGAAAUGAUCCAAGACGUGUUGUUAUCAUUGACUUUGGCCACCAAACUACUAAGGUGGGUUAUUCUGGAGAGGAUAGACCUCGUCUCAUCAUUCCAAGUUGUUAUACUGUAUCUACAGUUCCUGCUCAAUCAGGAGAACCUGCAAAGAAGACAAUCAAGUUUGGAGGUACCAUCUCAAGAUUUGACAGUACAUGGUUUCUAAAGCAUGGAAAAUUUUCAUUCAAGAGAAAUGAUCCUGACCAACAGAUUUUCGUUGCCUAUCUCAGAUACAUUUCCAAGGUAUUGUUAGAUCUCAAGAAUGCAUUCAGAGGUAAAACAGUCAUGAUUAGUUUGCCAUACCUAUUCGGUGAAGAUAAGGAACAAUUGAGAAUAUUGUGUGAAUGCUUCUUCCAUGAAAGUGUUCAAGCCAAGAGCUUGUUUUUAUGUGGUUGCCCAUUAUUCUCCUUCCUGAGUGCUGCUGCUAAUCACGUGACAGAGAAUAGAACAACAGGUCUCAGUGUAACAGUUGGACAUGGUAUCUCUGAGAUUGUUCCAAUUGUUGAGGGUUGUCCAUUCUCAACAUGUGGAUCUCAUUCGUAUGUUUGUGGCUCGUCACAAAGUGAAUUUGUGCUCUCCUUGAUUAAGAGUGAAGUGCAGAGACAAGGAGAAACUCUCGAUGAAGAGCUUGUCACCUAUGAAAAUGUUGAAAAGGAAAAGAUGGACAAUUGUACCUUGGUGAGAUCAUUUAGAGUGAAUAAGAAACAUCCAAAUGAGUGCAAAGCCAAGUUCUUUAAAAAGACAUUCGAACCAGUGAAGGGAGAUAUGCUUGUGGUGUUGGAUCAUCGUUAUUUGACUCCUGAGCUAUUGUUCACACCCAAGAUAUUUAUUAAGGAGGAAUUACAACUUGGUGAGGAUGGAAAAACUGAAUCCGAACCUAACUGGCUUGGAAUUGUUGCAUUAAUUGAGACUUGUCUCAAGAAGUGUCCAAAAGAAUUUCAUGAAAUUCUACUUUCUAAUGUGAUUGUUUCUGGAGGCCCAGCUCAAGUCAGGAAUUUUUCAGAGAGGGUAAAGUAUCAGCUCAAAAGAAAAUGUGACAUUAUUGUUAAUCCUUUAUCCGAUAUUAAGCCAAACAAGCCACCUUACGACUUGUCUGCAUGGUAUGGCAUGAGUUUUCUAUCCUCAGCCAUUGAUGUUGACAAUAGAGAGCUCGAUGGAUUACAUUGCAGAAUUCUAUUGGAAGAAACGAGAUUGGAGCAUUAUUCUCUCGAAGAUGUGUUAUUGUCGAAAAAAUUAUGCUAA